GACAAGCGAGUGGGUGCUGUGAAAUCCGUUAACAGGGAAGCUCUGUGCGUUUGCUCGCUGCCUUGGCUGCUUGCCCAACUUGGCUCAUUGUGAUCAAGCCAUGAUCGUGGACCCCAGGCAGCCCUCGCCGCCGCCUCGGCUGCCUCGCGUCUGGACCCAGCCUCGCUAUGGAAAGACCUAUGCCAUGUGAAAUGGCAAAAAGGGAUCAAGAGAGGGACUUGGAGUUAGACAAGAAGAUUGAGGCUCUUCGCAGGAAGAAUGAAGCGCUCAUGAAGAGAUACAAGGAGGUGGAAGAAGACAAGAAACGAGCAGAAGAGGAAGGGAUGGCUGUGCAUAGCCGAAGGGUCAAAGCUGACGACCUCACAAUCACAAUCAACAAGUCCACCUGUGAAAGUCGCAUGGUGGUGACCAAGUCCUUCAACAGCGGCUCCACAAAUAGUAAUGGACACCAGCAUGCAGGAGCAGGCAGAGGGGAAGAAAUUGCUUCGCAGGGUGCAGACAGAGGAGUCCAGAAGCAGCUAAUUGUCACGAUGGCUGGCAAAAAGGGUAAGAGGGUGGUGAGUGAGAAAAGGCCAGACCACCCCUCAGAUGUCAAGAGCCUGACCGAUGAGGUACCAGCUGGAAGUGUGGAGGCGGCGGGGAAAGGAAAACAACCACGUCACAUGACCAAGAAGGACAUGACAGCACAGGGUAACUUCAAACAAGAGCAGAAACACACUGAGGAAGAUUGCCAGAAGCUGGAAAGCCAAGGGGACAUCACAGACCUCAGCACCCCCACUUCGAAGGAGGAGCAGGGGGAGUACUUGCGAUGGAAAAAUGAGCGCGAGCAGAUUGACAAGGAGAGAGUGGCACGUCAUAAGAACGCUAAAGGCCAGUGGAGGCGGGCCUGGGACAUGGACAAAACAGAUAACAUGUUUCCAGACAAGUCCCACCCAGACAGAGAUUGGGGUCCUCCAAACAGAGGAGGACGGAAUGCCAGAAGAGGACAGCACAGGUCUGGUGCUGACACGAGAGGUCAGGAGAAGCGAGGCAAAGACAAGACAUCUAAAAACGUACAAGUGAUGAGCAGUAACGCAAAAGGCAAAGAUCGUCUGACAGGGAGGGCCAGAAGAUGGCAAGUUCAAGAAGAAGGAGACAAUUUAGAGACUUCAGAGACACUACUGGAGGAAUUUUUGGAGGAAUUAGAUGCCCUCACAGAUACUGAGGCAAAAGAGCAGAAAGAGCAGAAUUCCCAUGGAUCCACAGAAUCUAUGGCUUCCUUGAGAGCAGACACCCCAUUGCAGCAAAAAGCAGAAGCGUCAGCCCCUUUGGCUUCGGAGAAGAGAGUCCGCUUCUCAGAGGAGCUCAUCCAGGGGGCUCGAACAAAGCAAAACAUAGGCUCUCAGGAUCUUGCUAACUGCGAAUCAAGUCCAAGCUCCUUAAAAGCUUCUCGGCAGAAAAAAAUCAAACAUGAAACGUCACGGCAGCGUCUGGAAAGUGCCAAGAAGGAUGAAGGUAGUCCUGGUCAGCAGAAGGCCUCUGAAAGUGAAUGUACUAAAAAAGACAUUAAUAACCCCGCGGGCGCAUGCUGCCCCCCUGCCGAGAAGGCCUGUGCUUCUCUACUGGAGACUUCUGUCCAGCCUGUGGAGCUCGCCAAGUGCAACACAAUCACAGAGGAACUUAUCGACUCGCGUGAGUGUGUCUUGAGCAUGGAAUCAGGAGAAGCACACGCAACACACUCGAGCAGCAGCAGCGACAAGGCAAGAGAGAACGGGAAGAUUGUUUGACACCGUCAGGAAGCAAAUACUGAAAGACUCAGCAAUUGUGUUGGAGACAGCAUGCCACACUCGUUUCAGACGGCAUUUGGACGGCAUUUCGGAGAGCUGCUCCAUCCGAGUAUAAAAGUGAAUGUGCUGACACAUCAUUUCCUGUGCGUUGGUGUGCAUCUUGAAUGUAAUAUCGCGGAAUAGUUACAUGUGGAGUGUGAAGGCUGCGCGUGUAACAUACAGGGGGAUGUGGGGGCUUCAAAUGAAGCGUCUGACAUGGUCUAUUUGUUCAGUGCCUGAUUUUGCCUUCGGGGUGUUUUUUAGAAAUGUCAAAAAGCUCAGUUUUGGUGAAUGAACAAAAACGAAAACUCGAGUAGUGUGCAGAUUUGCACUCAGUGUAGAAAGCUAUUAGCAGCUACUUGCAGCAUCAUUCGAUGGCCUUAUGUAACUCAUACGUUCAUACACAUUCAUCAUUAAUGGCAUAUGACAUAAUUUUUUAACAAUGCACUCCAAUGUAAAACUAAACUACUGACAUUUUUGUGGCAUUUUUGCAAGCAGCUCUUUGAUGCACGCCACAUUUGCUGCAGGGCAUACUUAAGCCAUUAUGUACAUUUAGUUGACUUAAUCAUGUGAGCCAACAAAAUAAUAUGUUAGUAAUAGACGCACUUUCUGGCCUCUAGUUGGUAUUCUUCAAAAAUACUACUUUGCACAUUUGUACGGUAAGAUUCAAAUCAUAUCUUCAAAACAAAAAUGUUUGCACUCGUGGUUUGUUUCUAUGUCAUUUACAUGGCCAGUCCGUGGGUAGGACACUUGCCCAGUUGUUGAGUUCUCCGCUGAGGAGUUGAGGGACUCAUUUGAUAUGAUGGAAAUAAAUUAACCAUAUCUAUGAGGGUUUUGUAUGUUGAUGGGGAUUACAAGAAAUAUUUUUAAAAAAGCAUCCUCAUUGAGAAUGUUGUGCCUUGUAUUUUGGUUUUGUCAAAUAAACAUCAAACAUUAGCAAAUGUGCGCUUUUGCCUAACAAUGCUUUUUGACAGUAAGUUUAAGUGAUGCUACAUUUUUAAGAAACACAUUUGCGAACAGUCAAAUGACCCCCAUAUUGAUAUGGGGUUAAAUGUGCCAAGU